UUGAUUUAUCAUGGUAUCAGAGUGCGGUUCGUGCUCUUCUUCUUCCGCAUAAAACAAACUGGAGGAACACAACAGCUUCAAUCUUUUGUCCAUCUUUACCGACAUGGCCGAUGCCCAAAAGAAGAUUCAGAAAUUAAUUUCUGAUAUCUCCUCGCCUUAUUUUUUGCACUUUGCUGAUCAUCCUCGAAAUCCCUUUGUUGAUGUUGCCUUGACCCACACAAACUAUGGGUCUUGGAAUCGUGCUAUCACCAUGGCUCUUUGUGCGAAAAAUAAAUUAGGCUUCAUCGACAACUCACUCCCGUCCCCAACAGAUGAGGAUAUUAAGCCCCUUUGGAAACGAGUUUCAACAAUGGUUCUUUCAUGGAUGCUUAAUAGCAUCGACAACUCGAUCACGCCAAGUUUAACAAGUUGUUGCCCGCCAUAUGAACUGUGGUGUGAACUCGAGUCAAGAUUCACUCAAGGCAAUAAUGCUACCAUCUUCAAAAUCCAAAGGGAGAUCGGCAAUCUUCAGCAAGGUCUUCUUCAGCUUCAUCACAUUGCUUCCACUGAUCAACUCGCGGACAUUUUCACCAAGGCAUUAGGGGUUGACCAAUUUCGCCACCUGACGUCCAAGAUGAGCAUUACGCCUCUCCAUGCUCCAUCUUGAAGGGGAGUAUUAGCGGACAUCACGGGAAGAUCGCUCCACACACGGCAGCAAUCAAUUAGGAUCAUGAUUAGUCCCAUAAUUAUUGGAUUAUUAUUUUACAUUCCAUACUUAUCCUUUCCUAG